AUGAGCGCCUGCAGCAGUGGUGGCAGCACCCAGCCUGUCAACUGCACGAACACUCAGGUGUGCGUCUUGAGGAAACAGAAUAGAGUGAGGAAGAGGAUCAUCUGGGGCAUCGAGGUGGCCGAGGAGCUGCAAUGGAAGGACUGGGAACUGGGCAAGGAGAUCACCCGGAACCUGGUUCUGAAAAACCUCUCCUUGAAAAUCCAGAAGAUGAAAUACAGACCUCCCAAGAGCAAGUUCUUCUUCACCGUCAUCCCCCAGCCCAUCUUGCUGAGCCCAGGCAUCAGCUUCACGCUCCCCAUCGUCUUCCGGCCCCUGGAGGAGAAGGAGUACUUGGACAGGCUGUGGUUUGAGAAAGCCGAGGGCACAUUCUGUGUGGACCUGCGGGCCAUCCUGCCUCGCCACAGACUGGCCUGCCCGGCAGCCCUGCAGCUGCCCUUGUGCGCGGUGGGGGACACGGUGGAGGCCGGGUUCUCCCUGGACAAUGUGGGGGACCUGCCCACCUUCUUCACCUGGGAGUUCCCCAGCCCUUUCCAGAUGUUUCCCACCACGGGGUUCUUGGAGCCAGGCCAGACCUUCCAGAUCAAAGUGACUUUCCAGCCCCUUGGGGCUGUCAUCUACAAUGCUGAGGCCACGUGCUGGUACGGCGAGGGGAGCCAGCACAAGUGCAACACCAGGCUGCAGGCUGUGGCCAAAUGCCCCCAGCUGCUGGUGAGUAUCAGGCACAAGCAGCCAGAGGACCAGGAUGCUCCAGGCUUCCAGAAAGUUCUGCACUUUGGCUGCGUUGCUGUGGGCUGCAUCAGUGAGAGGCAAAUCAAGCUGCACAAUCCAUCUGUGGUGAACGCCCCUUUCAGGAUUGAAAUCGCCCCGGACCUGCAGUCCAAAGAGCAGGCCUUCUCGUGCCCCACAACCGAGGGCGUGGUGCGCCCGGGAGAGAUGACAUACGUGUCAGUGUUCUUCCACCCCGAGGCCCUGGACAGCAGGACCGUGGACUAUUUCUCCAUCACGCCUGCCGGCUCUGCCUCCCAAACCCUGCUCAAAGUUGUGGGUUUCUGCCGAGGUCCCGCUGUGUCCCUCCAGCAGUACUGUGUCAACUUCAGCUGGGUCAACCUCGGGGAGCGUUCUGAACAGUCUCUGUGGAUUGAGAACCAGGAAGACUGCACCGCCUUCUUCCAGUUCAACAUCGACUGCCAGGAGAGUGUUUUCAGCAUCAGGCCUGCCUUCGGGACCCUGCAUGGCAAGGCCCGUGUGACGCUGCACUGCACCUUCCAACCCACUCACCCCAUCGUCUACUUCCGGCGGGUGGCCUGUCUCAUCCACCACCAGGACCCAUUGUUCUUGGACCUGAUUGGGACCUGCCACUCAGACAGCAUCAAACCGCCCAUCCUGAAACCUCGGCACCUCGCCUGGUACCGCACGCACUUGGCACGGGGCCUGACACUCUACCCUCCUCACAUCCUGAGCACCAUGCUCAAGGAGAAGAAGCUGCAGCAAGACCAGAAUGGGGCCCUCAUGCUUCCCAUGGAGGACCUGGAGGAUAUGCCAGCGCCUCAGUAUCCCAGCAUCCCCCCCAUGACUGAGUACUUCCUCGAUGGCACAGGCAAUGUGGCCAUCUUCCCCCCACCCGUCACCAUCGAGCCAGCUGAAGUGGAUUUUGGUGCCUGUUCUGGAGCUGAGGCCCCCAACCCUGUUCCCCUGUAUCUGAUGAACCACACCAAGGGCAAGAUCACUGUGGUCUGGACGCACAGGCCUGACUGUCCCUUCUGGGUGACUCCGGACACCUGUGAUGUGCCCCCACUCAAGUCCAUGGCCAUGCGUCUACACUUCCAGCCACUGCAUUCCAACUGCCUCUACUCUGUGGAGCUUGAAGCCUUUGCUGUCUAUAAGGUGCUGCGCAGCUACAACAACAUCGAGGAGGACUGUACCGUGUGCCCAUCCUGGUGCCUGACUGUGCAUGCCCAGGGCCACACCUACCAUGCUGCCUACGAGCACCACAUCCCCCACUACUCCCUGGAUGUCCCUAAGCUCUUUCCUGCUGUGCCCUCUGGCGAGCCAUCCUACCGCAGCCUGCUCCUGGUCAACAAGGGCCUCAUGUUGCUGACCUUCAACUUAGCCCCCAGCAGCAGCUCCUCGGACAUCGCCUUGCGGCCCACCUCAGGCCUUGUGGCGCCCGGGGCCCACCAAAUAUCCCUGAUCUGUGCCUACCCCAAGGGCACUUCAUGGAAACAGCACAACUUCUACCUGCAGCUCAACUCUUGCCUCCAGUAUCUCAGGGAGGUGACCUUGGAGAGCCGGGAGGAACCUGUGCACCUACAGCUGGACACCUCUCAAAGUGUAUUCUUCACGCCCACCUGGGUGGGCUGCACCUCCACCAGCACCUUCACCUUCCACAACCCCACACGCCUACCCCUGGAGUUUGAAUGGAGGGUCUCCCAGCAGCACCGAAAGAUGCUGGCAGUCCAGCCCAGCAAAGGGCUCAUCCAGCCCAACGAGAGCAUUACGCUAACGUGGGUCUUCAGUCCUUUGGAGGAGACCAAGUACUUGUUCCAAGUAGGAAUGUGGGCUUGGGAAGCCGGCCUGCCCCUCAGUGCCAAGCCCCCCAGCACUCACUACCUGCUGCGACUGGUGGGCAUGGGCAUCUCCAGCAGCAUCUCUGCCAAGGAGAAGGAGCUAGACUUUGGGAAUCUUCUGGUGGACAGCAAGGAGAGCAGGUUCCUGACACUGCACAAUGAGGGCGACUGUACCCUCUACUACCGCCUGCACCUGGAGCAGCACAGCCCUGAGGCCGACGACCAAAGUCUUCCUGCUCUGCAGUUGGACCGGACAGAUGGCAGCCUGCCACCCCACUCUCAGGACACCAUCUGCCUGACCGCCUGCCCCAAGCGCCGAUCCUCAUACUCCUGGACUCUCAGCUACUCUCUGCUCUCACACAGAGACAACAAGGUAGGGGAGAAGCAGGAGCUGAGCCGGGUCACCCUGGAGGCUGUGUACCCCUUCCUCUCCAUCCUGGAUGCCUGCUCCAUGGGCAGUGCUGAGGGCAUCACCCGCAAGCACCUGUGGCGCCUCUUCUCCCUGGACAUGCUCAAUAGCUACUUGGAGCGUGACCCCACUCCCCAGGAACUCACCUACAAGGUGCCUACUCGGCACAGCACAAGCCAGACACCCCCAGUCCUCACCCCUUUGAAGCUUGACUUCAAUUUUGGGGCUGCGCCCAUCAAUGCGCCCCCAUCUGUGGUGCUUCUGACCAUGAAGAACAGUGGCGUGGUACCUGUGGACUGGUCCUUCCUCUUUCCAAGCGACCAGCAGAUAGACCUGGAGCUGUGGGCAGAGCAAGCUGAGUUUGAUAGCACAGAGCUCCAUCAGAUGCGUGCACAGGACAACUGCAUCUUCUCUAUUAGCCCCAAAGCUGGGAGCCUGAGCCCUGGGCAGGAGGAGAUGGUGGAGUUGAAGUACAGCCACGUCUUCACUGGCACUGACCGUCUUCCGGUGCUCUUCAAGGUGUCCUAUGGCCGGGAGAUCCUGCUCAAUUUCAUAGGGGUGACAGUGAGGCCGCAGCAGAAGUACGUGCACUUCACCUCCACCAGCCAUCAGUUUGUCCCUGUGCCCAUCGGAGACAUGAUGCCUCCACGACAGGUAGAUGUGCCCAUACACAUCCUAGGAUGGAACUCUGCUCUCAUCCGCUUCCAGGGGGUGGGCUAUGACCCCCACGUCAUGGGUGAUACAGCUCCAUUCUAUACCCGCUCCUCGUGGGACAGCGGUUCUACACACUCUAGACUGCUGGUUCCUGGCCAGCACGUCAUCCUGUCCCAGCCUCAUAUCUCCUUGGGAAACAUCCCUGUGCAGAGCAAGUGCAGCCGCCUGCUCUUCCUCAACAACAUCUCCAAGAAUGAGACAAUUGUCUUUGCCUGGCAGCCAAAUCCUCUGGACUUUGGGGAGGUGUCUGUGAGUCCCAUGGAAGGUGAAGUGGCUCCUGAAGACACGAUCCCAUUCUUGGUGACUUUCAAAGCCUCUGAACAUGCCAGCUUCUACAGCGUGGACUUGGUGUGCAAGGUGUACAGGCAGGAGCUCAUGAGGCAGUACCACAAGGAGUUGCAGGAGUGGAAGAAUGAGAAGCUGCGGCAGGAGGUGGAAUUUACUAUCACAGACAAAGAAGUAAAGAGAAGGUCCCGGUGCACAGCCUGUGAACCUGCCAGGAAGUACAAGACACUGCCACCCAUCAGGAACCAGCCUGCUCCAAGUCGACCCGCCAGCUGGGACCUACAGAUCCCGAUGGAGCAGUCAUCCUGGUUGUGCCCCAAGCCACCACCACCGGGCAUGCUGUGCUUGGGCCUCACUGCUCGAGCCCAUGGCACGGACUACUUUCUGGCCAACUUCUUCUCAGACUUUUCCUGCCACUUCUUGCACCGGGAGCUGCCGAAGAGGAGGGUCCCCAAGCAAGAGUCGGCAGUGUUCUGGGAAGAACCCUCCGAAGGCAGGUGGGGCCCCGUCUCUAAGCAGAAGCGCCAGCUCUUGGUUGACUGUCUUACCACCAUCAUCAGGGGCCUGCUGGAAGACAAGAACUUCCAUGAAGCCAUGGACCAGAGCUUGGUGGAGCAGGUGCCAUAUUUCUGCCAGUUCUGGAGCGAGCAGUCGGCCAGGUUUGCAGCCAAGAUGAGCAGCCAGCACUUAAUGCCAGUCCUGUCUUUCUCCUCCUCCGUUGGGCAGGGAGGGAAAGACAAGGAGCAGAAGGACGACAAAUUGGGGUGGGGGAGGAAGGACAGAGGAGAAGAAGAGGAGAAGGAGGAGGAGGAAGAGGAAGAGGAGGUGGAAGAGGAAGAGGGGGAGGAGGAGGAGCUGCGGGAGGAGGAGGAGUUAAGCAAAGAGGACAUGGAGGAAGAGAAUUUGACAUCCCUGGAGAAUGAGUCUGCGCAGCAACCCGAGUCCAUGCAGCAGGACUUGAAGCUCAUCCUGAAAGAGGAGCAAGAGCGGGAUGAGAAGCAGGCCAUCAGCAGGCUUCAGGCCUUCGCCAACCUACAGGAGGCGCUGCUGGAGAACAUGAUCCUCAAUGUGCUGGUGGAGGCGAGCCGCGGAGAAGUGGUGCUCACCUCGCGGCCGCGCAUCAUCGCCCUGCCGCCGUUCAGCGCGCCCAGGUUGCUGAACCCAGAACAGGUGUUGCCGAUGCAGAAAACGGAGGGUCGACGCCAGGGGGCGCCACCUCCUACGGACUCCAUGCCUGUGUGCAAUGCCAGCCCCUCCAACCUGCCGUCCUAGGUGCUCUCCAGCCCUCUCUAAGUAAAGCGUUCAGCUUGGCC